AUGCUGGGAAAUGUGGUACUGCUUGUGGGGUUCCUCAUCCUGGGGAUCUCUGCCAGCUUUGAUCAAUUCACAGACAUUAACAAGAAACUGAAGGCUUUCGCCAUGUCUGUGGAACAUGUUGUGUACCAGUUCAAGGACCCAUUUGCUUACAAGUUCCUGCAGAUUUGGCAGAGCAAGGGUCAGGCUCCACCGUUCUUCUUUGCAGUUACUGAGACAUACUUCAUAGACCUGGAGAUGGGCCGCACAGUGUGCAUGAAGAAUGACGAAGACUUCGACAACUGCCCUCUGCAACAUGGCUCAGGAGAGAGGAAGGUGCGCUGCACCUAUUUUGUGAAGGCUGUGGAGUGGUUAACCGAGCUUUCCAUUGUGAACAGUACCUGUGCUCCGACCUCGAUGGGGAAGAGCUGA